AUGGCCAACCUUCUUUCGCACGAGUCCACAAUUCUCAUUAUAGGUGCCGGCACAUGGGGUUGCAGUACUGCCCUGCACCUCGCUCGUCGAGGAUAUAAAUCAAUCACUGUCCUCGAUAUCCACCCAGUACCUUCGCCAAUCUCUGCGGGCAACGACAUCAACAAAAUACUUGAACUCGGCUCUUUUGCUGGAAAUGAUGAGGAUGAGGUCUACGUGUCGAACAAACUGCUAGCAGCAGCAACGGAGGGCUGGCUGAACGACCCUGUAUUCAAGGACUAUUUUCAUGAGACAGGAUGCAUCCUCGCUGCAACUUCAGAGGAUGCUCGUGCCCAUAUGAACUCUCGCGACGGACCAAGCGAGGCAAAGGGUUGGAUACCGCUCAAGAAUAUGGACGACUUCAGAGCUACAAUGCCCAGAGACGUUUUGACCGGUGAUUUCCCAGGCUGGGAUGGCUGGUGGAAAAAGACUGGGGCUGGGUGGGUGCAUGCUCGAAAGAGCAUCGAGAGCGCUGCGAGGGAGGCAUCACGGCUCGGCGUUACAUUCAUAACUGGGCCGGGAGCUGGCAACGUUUGGGGCUUGAUCUACGAAAAUUCAGACGUCAAGGGUGCCAUCACGUUCGACGGCACUCAACACCUCGCGGACCGCACAAUCCUCUGCGCGGGUGCCAACGCUGGUAGGCUACUUGAUAUGAAUGACCAACUUCGCCCAACCGCAUGGACGCUGGCCCACAUCAGGAUGACACCCGAAGAGGCUCAGCUGUACAAAAACUUACCUGUUCUCUUUAAUAUUGAGUUAGGUUUCUUCAAGGAGCCGGAUGAAGACAACCACGAGUUGAAGAUCUGCGACGAGCAUCCUGGCUAUUGUAACUGGAGGCCAGGCACGCCAAACCGAGAAUUUCUAAUUUCAAAGCACCCGAAUUAUCCUUCCCUCGUACUCGGCGUGGGGGGAUCUGGGCAUGGAUUUGCCCAUAUUCCGGCAAUUGGAGGGUUUAUCACGGAUUCAAUGGAGGAUAAACUCGACGAAAAGAUGAAGAAUAGCUUCCGCUGGAGACCUGAGACUGUUGUCGGGAGGAACUGGGACGAUCUUCAGGGAAGGUAUGGCCCUCAAGGUUCGAAUCGAGUGAUGGACUUCCAGACAAUCAGUGGGUGGACGAAUAUUUGCAGCUCUACGGAGUGA